GUAUCCCGGCCUCCAGCCCAGGAAUGUCGUUCGAGCUGCUCGACGGAAAGGACGCAACUCCAACGUCUAUGACAAGAUCAACUGCUGCCUCAUCUGUGGGAACUUCGUGCAACAAAAGAUCAAGCGCCACCUCACGUCGGUCCACCGCAGUGACCCGCGUGUUAUCUCCAUAUUGAACUCAGCGGACCCAGAAAGGGAGCUUUACAAGGCAAUGUGUGAUGGCAACCACGAUCACAACAAGAAAAUCCUGUCGGGGGAGCGCCAGGGCGAACUCAUUGUUCUAAAGAGACCACGGACUGACACUCAGAUCGAAUCAUUCGGACCUUGCCACGCCUGUAAAGGUUACGUUUUGAAGACGGAACUUUGGCGCCACGCGAAGAGAUGCCCGUUGAUGCCGACAGGGCCACCACGGGGAAACUCGCAACUGCGCCAACUCUCCUCUAGUGUGGAGGGUGGACCGGAAGAGAACGCGACGUCAUCGCGUUUUAUGGAAGACGUCUUCUCAACCAUUAGGGAUGAUGAGCUGAAACAAGUUAUCGCUAACGAUGACCUGCUGAAGGCCCUGGGGUCCUACAUGCUGACUAGCAAGGGAAAGACAGGAAGCCUGAUGGCGGCCAUCAAACAACGACUUCGUGCACUGGCAAAGCUCAUUCUAUGCCUUCGGAACAAAACUGGUAAUGAAAGUCUCACGCUUGAUGACAUUCUCCAACCGCGUCAUUUUGACAACAUCAUCUCGUGCGUUCAGGAAGUAUGCUCGUGGGAGCUGGGUGACACGAAUCAACCGCCAAGUUUCAAGACGCCAACAAGUGCCCUGAAGCUGGGCCAUGCCUUGAAGAAGGCAGCGGAAGUUGGGGUUGGCCUGGCCGCAAGGGCAGAAGAUGCUGAAAGAGGUAGCAGACUGGAGGACUACAUACGACUCCACCAGCGCGAGUGGGGUGACAAAAUCUCGCACGCCGCUCUGUCAACGCUCGAUCUACGCAAGAUGAACCUGCAAGAUGCUCUGCCACUUACAGAAGAUCUAGUCCAACUCUCCAACUCUCUGAGGGAGCAAAUCGGUGAAGUGGCUACUAACCUGGCCGGGGCCCAUAGCUGCAACGAAGAAACCAAACUCUACAACGAGCUUGUGACUCUAACAUCCGCUUCCGUCACCGUAUUCAACAAGAGAAGAGGCGGAGAAUCUGCCCGCCUGCUGCUGGAGACGUAUGUGAACAGGCGACGGGGCGCAGCGAACAAAGAUAUCGCUUCCACCCUAUCUCCUUUGGAGAGAAAGCUGGCCGAGAAGAUGGACCUCGUUGAAGUCCUCGGAAAGAGGAAGAGGAGAGUCCCCAUCAUCCUGGCGCCCUUCAUGCGUAAUGCAAUGGACCUCAUCGUGCGCAUGAGGCCACGGAUGUCACUGCGUGGUAACCCGUACAUCUUCGCCAAAGCAAAGUCAAAGUCCUACGUUCCGGGAUGGGCGGCUAUCAAAAGCGCCUGUGGUACAUGCGACCCGAAGAAACCUGAGCUCAUAACGAGCACGAAGAUCAGGAAGUACCUGGCCACGGUAACUCAGGUCCUCCAACUCGACGAACAGCAGCUGGAGUGGGUGGCGAACCAUCUUGGCCACUCACUGGAUGUGCACCGCCAGUUUUAUCGGCUUCCGUCGGAGAUCCUUCAGCUGACGAAGGUCAGCCAGCUGCUGCUGGCUGCUGAGCAGGGCUGUAUCAGCUCCUACAAGAACAAGUCGCUCAACGAUCUUGACGUGAAAGAUCUGAUGCGCCAUAUCGAGUAGCUUCGAGAAGCCUCCAUCAACGUGCUUCGGCCUAGGUAGAGAGCCUCGGCAGAAAACUACCGCUCACAUUCCGUGACCGCUCACAGAACGACCGCUUGUACAGAAAACGACCGCUACGGCAGCUCUCAUUCCGUGAAGUAGCUACCGCGCAGAAAUGAGGUGGCUUUGUUAAUAAAACGAACUGCUUAUCAUA